AACACGGAAGAAAACAUAAAUAAGCCCUGAUUUCUGCCCACAGCCUGUGUUUAGUAUUCACUCAGCUGCUCUUAGGACUGGGUGGUGUUUUAUCUAGUCUGCAGCAGGAAGUGACCGGCUGAUACUGUGGGAGUUUGCAUUGCAUCAGUUUGCGUGUUUUAAUUCAGUGUAGAGUAUAAAGUUCAGUUCUAAACUGUGAUUUGCAAAAUGACGAGCCCUGCUCCUCUUCUUAUCCCUCUUUUAAUUGGAAGUGUUCUUUUAAUGCAAGUAAGCUGUGAUGUGGAGAUCAGCAGAACAAGGAGGUUGUCGAAGAUUUUGGGAUUUUCCUGGGAAAACUGUGGAAAACCUGCUGAUCCAGCUGUUCUGAAGGCUCUGAGCUUGUCCCCAGAUCCUAUUACUAUUCCUGGAGAUCUGACUGCCAGUGCAUCAGGAUCCACAUCAGUGGCUUUGGUCUCCCCUCUCUCUGUGAAUGUCACGCUGGAUAAAGAGGUGGCUGGUUUCUGGGUCAAGAUUCCGUGUGUAGAAGAGAUAGGCAGUUGCCACUAUACUGACGCCUGUGAUAUCUUGAACCAGCUUAUUCCUCCAGGCCAGGACUGCCCUGAGCCUCUGCACACCUAUGGCCUCCCCUGCCACUGCCCAUUCAAAGCAGGUGACUACACUCUGCCUCAGUCUGAUUUCUAUUUACCAAAUUUAGACCUGCCAUUCUGGCUGACCAACGGUAACUACCGUGUGCAGGGAGUACUGGGAAACAUGGGAAAAGAGCUGGGAUGCCUUAAAGUCAGCCUGACCAUUCACUCAGAAUAAUCACCUGAAUAUGGAGAGUUUGGGAUACCUUAAUGGGACAUUAAUGGUUAAAUUUCUACCAUGGUGAAUCCCUUAAUUGGGAGAGCUCUGCCUUCUGCUUUAUGGUGGUACACAGGCUGAAACUCAAACUCAGUCAGAUCUGUUAAAUGAGCUGUAAAUAUCUGAAUAGCGGAUUUCUUAUGAUCAGUUUUUGUACAGAUAAGAAAUGGUACCUGAUGAUUUUACUUCGGUUAUGCUUCACCUGCAUUUGAUUUGAUUUUAUGAGAGAGGAUUAAAAAAACUGAUUAGAUCAUAGAAAUAAUGCACUAGCAGUCAUUUUCGGACGCUUUUUAGUACUGAUUUUGUUCAAUCACUGGAAACAAUGAAUCGGUCAUUUUGGCCUUUCUAAUUUUAGUUUUGAAAUACUUUUUUAUAUAUUUUUAAAUGCCUUUUUAUUUCAAUGUUUACUGAACCAAGAAAAGGGAGAACAGUGACCUUUUCUUUGGUGUGGGAGAUCUCAUGAUGAUUAAUAAUGCUGUCUUUGCACUGGAUAAUCUGUGUUGUUUAUCUUUGGGCCAAAAUAAAUGUUCUGUGGUUAUCAAUAAAAGGCUUAAGAAGUGCUUUUCUCAGGA